CGCUUUUCCCGCCCCGCGUGUGAGGACGCUGCGGAGGCGCGGAGGCCGCAGCCAUGGGCCGUUUGGAGCUGCUGCUCGUGGAGAACUUCAAGUCCUGGCGAGGCCGCCAGGUCAUCGGCCCUUUCAGGAGGUUCACCUGCAUCAUCGGCCCCAACGGCUCCGGAAAAUCUAAUGUAAUGGAUGCGCUUAGUUUUGUUAUGGGAGAGAAAACAGCUAAUUUAAGAGUGAAACAUAUUCAAGAACUUAUUCAUGGAGCACAUAUUGGAAAGCCUGUUUCUUCUUUUGCAAGUGUAAAAAUUGUGUAUGUGGAGGAGAAUGGAGAAGAGAAAACAUUUACAAGAAUUAUUCGAGGGGGAUGCUCAGAAUUUCGUUUUGAUGAUAAUCCUGUGAGUCGUUCCACUUAUAUAGCAGAGUUGGAAAAGAUAGGUAUAAUAGUCAAAGCACGGAACUGUCUAGUUUUUCAAGGAACUGUAGAGUCGAUUUCAAUGAAAAAACCCAAAGAAAGAACCCAGUUUUUUGAGGAAAUCAGCACUUCAGGAGAGCUUAUAGGAGAAUAUGAGGAAAAGAAAAGAAAGUUACAGAAAGCUGAAGAGGAUGCACAGUUUAAUUUUAAUAAAAGAAAAAACAUAGCUGCAGAGCGCAAACAUGCAAAAUUAGAGAAAGAUGAGGCAGAACGUUACCAGACUCUCCUUGAAGAACUUAAAAUAAAUAAGAUUCAACUGCAGCUUUUCAAGCUAUACCAUAAUGAGAAAAAAAUUCAUUUGCUGAACACUGAGUUAGAGAAUGUGAAUAGGAAUUUGAGUGACACAAAAGAAUCUCUUUCUCAUCAUGAAAACACAGUGAAAGCCAAGAAAAAGGAGCAUGGGAUGCUAACUAGACAGCUGCAACAAACAGAAAAAGAAUUAAAAUCUCUUGAAGCACUUUUAAAUCAGAAGAGGCCCCAGUAUAUUAAAGCCAAAGAAAACACUUCUCACCAUCUUAAGAAAUUAGAUGUGGCUAAGAAAUCCAUGAAGGACAGUGAAAAACAAUGUUCUAAACAGGAAGAUGACAUAAAAACCCUAGAGACAGAGCUGGUUGAUCUAGAUGUUGCAUGGAAAAGUUUUGAAAAGCAAUCGGAAGAAGUCCUACAGAAAGUGCGAGACAUUGAAUUAGAAGCCAGUCAGCUGGAUCGUUAUAAAGAACUUAAGGAACAAGUAAGGAAGAAGGUGGCUAUAAUGACCCAACAACUGGAAAAACUGCAGUGGGAACAGAAGGCUGAGAAAGAAAGAUUGGCAUUUGCAAAGAGGAGGCAUGGAGAAGUUCAGGAAAAUCUAAGACAAGUAAAAGAACAAAUAGAAGAUCAUAAAAAGCGAAUAGAGAAGUUGGAGGAGUAUACAAAAACAUGCAUGGAUUGCUUGAAAGAGAAAAAACAGCAAGAGGAAAUACUAGUGGAUGAAAUUGAAAAAACAAAAUCAAGAAUUGCGGAAAUUAAUGAAGAGAUGAGUCUUAUUAGAAGUGACCUGCAGAAUGCUGGGAUUGAUACCCAUGAGGGAAAACGUCAGCAAAAGAGAGCAGAGAUUCUGGAAAACCUUAAAAGACUUUACCCAGAUGCUGUGUUUGGAAGACUACUUGACCUGUGUCAUCCUAUUCAUAAGAAGUACCAGCUGGCUGUUACUAAGCUUUUUGGCCGGUACAUAGUCGCCAUUAUCGUAACCUCUGAAAAAGUAGCGAGAGAUUGUAUUCGAUUUCUGAAGGAGGAAAGAGCCGAACCUGAGACAUUCCUUGCUCUAGAUUACCUUGAUAUCAAGCCAAUUAAUGAAAGGUUGCGGGAGAUUAAAGGCUGUAAAAUGGUGAUUGAUGUCAUAAAGACUCAGUUUCCUCAGCUGAAGAAAGUAAUUCAGUUUGUGUGUGGAAAUGGCCUUGUCUGUGAGACUGUGGAGGAAGCAAGGCGCAUUGCCUUCGAUGGGCCUGAAAGACGGAAAACAGUGGCUCUUGAUGGAACAUUAUUUUUAAAAUCUGGGGUGAUCUCUGGAGGUUCAAGUGACUUAAAAUACAAGGCUCGAUGCUGGGAUGAGAAAGAGAUAAAGAAUUUAAGAGACAGAAGAACCCAUCUAAUGCAAGAAUUAAAGGAUUUAAUGAAGAUGCUUCGCAAGGAAGCAGAUUUAAAACAAAUACAGGCUCUAGUACAAGGAACUCAUACACGACUCAAAUAUUCGCAAAGUGAACUAGAGAUGAUGAAGAAAAAGCACCUUGCUGCCUUUCAGCGGGAGCAAUCUCAGCUACAAAGUGAACUACUAAAUAUUGACUCUCAGUGUUCCAUGUUGAAUGAUGGAAUCAAAAAGUGGCAACAGAGGAUUGAAGAAUUUCAAGAAAAGAUAGACAAGGUUGAAGAUGAUAUUUUUCAACACUUCUGUGAAGAAAUUGGUGUGGAAAAUAUUCGUGAAUUUGAGAAAAAACAUGUUAAACAGCAACAAGAAAUUGAUCAAAAAAGGUUAGAAUUUGAAAAACAAAAAACUCGGCUUAAUAUUCAACUAGAAUAUAGUCGCAAUCAGCUGAAGAAGAAACUGAAUAAGAUCAACACAUUAAAAGAAACUAUCCAGAAAGGUAGAGAAGACAUUGAUAACCUGAAGAAGGUUGAAGAAACUUGUCUGCAGGCUGUGGAUGAGCUCAUGGUGAAGCGGCAGCAACUGCAGGACGCAUUUGCCGCCCAGAAUUCCAAUGUUGAGAAAGCCCACGCUCAAACUGAAGAGGAGCGGAAGAAGUUUUUGGCUGUUGACAGGGAAGUGGGAAAACGGCAAAAAGAAGUUGUGAUCGUUCAGUCUUCCCUGGAACAGAAACGGCUAGAGAAGCAUAAUAUGCUGCUUGAUUGCAAAGUUCAAGACAUUGAAAUCCUUCUUCUGUUGGGGUCCCUAGAUGACAUCAUUGAAGUAGAGUUGGGAACUGAAGCGGAAAGCAGCCAGGCCACAAUGGACAUCUAUGAAAGAGAAGCAGCCAUUGAGAUAGACUACAGCUCCCUGAGAGAGGACUUGAAGGCUCUACAAUCUGAUAAGGAAGUUGAGGCCCACCUUAAACUCCUUCUGCAACAAGUAGCCUCACAAGAAGAUGUCCUGUUGAGGACAGCAGCCCCGAACCUCAGAGCCUUGGAGAACCUAAAGACUGUCCGAGACAAGUUUCAGGAGUCCACAGAUGCUUUUGAGGCCAGCAGAAAGGAAGCCAGAAUGUGUAGGCAAGAGUUUGAACAGGUGAAAAAAAGGAGAUAUGAUCUUUUCAGCCAGUGUUUUGAGCACAUCUCAGUCUCAAUUGAUCAAAUCUACAAGAAGCUCUGCAGAAACAACAGUGCCCAAGCAUUUCUUAGCCCAGAGAACCCAGAAGAGCCUUACUUGGAGGGAAUUGGCUAUAACUGUGUGGCCCCAGGCAAACGGUUCAUGCCAAUGGACAACUUGUCAGGGGGAGAAAAAUGUGUGGCAGCUUUGGCGCUCCUGUUCGCUGUGCACAGUUUCCGGCCUGCUCCAUUCUUUGUUCUGGAUGAAGUGGAUGCAGCCCUGGACAAUACGAACAUCGGCAAAGUAGCAAGUUACAUCAAAGAGCAGACUCAAGAACAGUUUCAGAUGAUAAUCAUCUCCCUCAAGGAGGAGUUCUAUGCCAAGGCUGACGCCCUGAUCGGCAUCUACCCAGAGCACGAUGACUACAUGUUCAGCCGAGUUCUGACUUUAGAUCUUUCUCAGUAUCCAGACACUGAAGGCGAAGAAGGCAGCAGGAGACAGCGAGAGUCCCGCUAGGGUCCGAGUGGCCCGGCGCAGCUGCCGGCUCUCAGAGCGGAUGAGUUAGCUGUGGUCAGGUCAUCACUGUUCAGUUCUCACUCUAGUGUUCAAACUGUUGAGUAACCAACUUCUGGAGCCAGCCAGCCUGAGUGCCAUCUGAGAAAGCUGAACCGUUACCAGCAAAGGAGCUGCUGCUCACUUCCGUUAGGAGUGUUUAGGCCCCGCCCGCUCCCGUAGGGAGUUUCCUGGAAGAGUUAGCUUUGAACGAUUUAAAAAAAAAAAAAAAAGGUACAAUUUUGUUACCAUAGUUUCAAGUUCCAUUUUGAAGCCCCGCCAGAAAAAUUUUGAAUUCUACAUCCUCUUCACUCUGGUCUUGCCUUGUCCAUUUAAGGAACAUUUAAAGGAUAGUCUUGGUUUCUGAAUAUCCUAGUUAUAGGGUGUUGAACCUGGUUUUUGAGAAAUUAUUUCAGAGGAACUGAUGUAUGAAAAUAUCAAUAAAAAUACUCUAAUUUCAAAUGUUUCCAAUUUACAGUUUUAUAAACAAAAAUUUUAAGGUGAAACUGAAUUAUGUCCACUUAAUGCAAUCUGCAUUUUCUAAGUGUAAUUUCUGUUCAGAAGGAAAUGAAUAGACUUUCCCAAGUAACAACGGACUUUGCCAUGUCAGUGCACUGUUCCAGGUGGGAAAGAAAGUCAGCAGGACUUUACUUCCCUCUCAGGACAGAUAGAACAUUCGGAGGUGCCGCUGCUAGUGGACACUGCAUGGGGCCCAGGUGCCACCAAGGGGUAGCUCCUGAAGUAGCGGACUCGCUUUCAAACUACACUCACGUCGCAUAUAAACAGGACGCACUGUGCCAGACGUGAAGUCACAGCCUUGCUCCCUGCUCACAGCUCCUCUGUGAACUGGAGAACAGAGACCACUCGGUCUCCCUGUGUUCCUUCUUUCAGUGCCGGCAAUAGCACCUCAAUCUCCGACUUUCCUGCCUUGAAAGACAUCAGCUGAACACUGUCAUGUCCCUUCAGUGCCAUCAGAGCUGUGGCCCCUUCCUCUUCCUGGGCUGCCCGUUCUCAUAACUUGGACUCAGGCAGCAGGUCCUCAGGCAGCAUCCUCGCGUUCCUGAAACCACCUUCUAUGCAAACCACCACGCAACAGGAAACGGGUUGGAACACCACACUCCAAAAACAAAAUAGGAACCUGCUAACAGCUAGUUUACACACAUUACAUGGUUAAGAACCACACAAAUAUUGUAGCACACAUGGCACUUUAUCUUGAAAAUGCCCAGAAGUCGGCUUGUGUAGUGGGCAUCGCCGGGUCCAGUGGUGGAAGGGUAGUUGACCUAGGUUCCCACGGACAGAGCCUUACAUACGCAAAGCAGGUGCGUGCAAACUGUUCCUCAUUCAUCAGUCAUGUUGCUUUAAGUCUGCAUUUUACACAAGUGUUAUGGCAGAACUGACUACAGACAGGCUCACUCCUCACGGCAAGGCCUCCGCCCCGGCAUGGCACUCGGAGUGGCACUCGGAGCUGGUCCUGAGCGGGGCCCUGCCUCACUUUUCCAGGCUUCCCUCCUUCCACGUCACUCUCCCGUGUCUGCCCAACCUUCAGACACAUCCAUCCCUGAUCGCACUUUUGUGAGUCUUUAAAAAAACAAUGUCUAAUGUUUGCUUUUCAAACAUUAAACACAUUCAAGUAAUCACUUGAUUUCACAGCUGAGUGGCAACUCAUGGUAAAAAUCCUCAUUGAAUAAAUUAAAACAAGCCUUGUCAUAACUGGAGAAAAGUUGAGCACACAGAGUUGAAGUGAAAGUUUUAUGACCAGAGUAGCAUAAAGGAUUUGUUUUUCAUGCUUUCGAAAGCAGACAAAGGUCUUAGCAGGUCCAGCUCAUCUCUGCCUACACGUCCCAACCUAACAUUUCUAGUUCUUUGUGCCUGUGGGAGCUCCAGCGCCAUCAGUGGGGAGUGUCAUCGUGCUUGGCAAGAAGUGUCACAUCAAAGUAGGCAGCCUCUAAAGCAGACUGAGCAGGGCCUUUGCCACAGUCACAGAGCAACCACCCACCACACCCUCUGCGCCCUCUGCCCCAGCACUGCCGGCAGCUGAGCACCUGACAGCGGGGAAGCAAGACACGGGUGUGGCAGCCCCUUCCCCAGGCCUGCCUGCCUCACGCUGUGCCCCGUCACGUGCCAUGGCAGAGAACGCUGGGAGGUGAGAGACUUGGAAAGCUUGGGAUACUCUAACUGCAAGUUUAAAACCUGCUCUGCUCCACUUGUAACUUCUCAGUUAACAGCCUCAAGGCGGACUUGCACCGCCCUGCACUGCACCACUGGAAAGGCACUCUGCCCUGGCCGGCGGCUCAGUGAGUUAGAGCACCAUCCUGUGCAGAAGGUUGAGGGUUAAUCCCUAUUAAACGUACUAACGGAAGGCAACCAAUCGAUGCUUCUCCCUGCCUCCCUCCCUCUCUAUAAAAAAGAAGAGGCCUCUGGUUCUUCGUGAGGAUGCUCUAACGCCUCAGGGACGGACCGGCCAUUCUUUGGAACUAAGUUACUACAAUUCCAAAGAAGCCCUACUGAUCCAGACAUUCUUUUAAAAGACGUAUCACUCUCACUGGCAGAUUCAACACCUCGAAUGUUCUUUACUUAACAACGUAACAAACAUACCUUAAAAGUUUUUUCUAUGGUAACAUGUUUCCGCAUAAAAAUUAUAAAAUUUAAGAGUCUAGUUUCUUUUCUCUUUGGCAACUACUGUUGCUUGUAGUCUCCACUGUCCCCUUUAUUAAAAAGCCCACCUGACCACGGGCGUGUUGGGGAGCCCGGAGCACCAGGCCCCUCCCUUCCCGCCGUCAGGCCCUGAGGUAGUUGUCCGCCAGUCCUCACGGAGGAUACCUGAGGUGUGCGCUUCACCCCGAGCAGUUAGACACACAGUGGGACUGUCCCCCCGCCUCCGCGGCCACACCCCACAGGGCUCCCGUGGGGUACAUGGCGGUUAGAAGUGAGAGGUCGUGUGAGUCCUCGAACAUUCCUCAUCGUCCGCUACGGCACUGUGGUCACAGAGGCUGGUUUUCAAGUUGCAGGUUUGUCGGUUUUAAAGAUUUCAAGAUGCGCCAGCAUCGUCUGUUUAAACA